AUGCCAACCCGCCCGUCCACCUACGAACCCCAUGUCCUUUCCCUAAUUCAGUCGACCUCUUAUCCGCCUUUACCAAGUGUCCAUAGCUUGGAAGAGAUUAGAGGUCAUCUGCUGGACCAUAAUAAAGCAUUAAGUGCAGCAGCUGCAGCGGCAAGUGGAAAUAAUCUCGGUCAGAGUAAGAAGGAGGAAAAGAGGAAAAGGAAAGAGCGAGAGGAUGAAGAGCGGGAGAGAGCUGCGUUGGAAGCGAACGAGAAGGCCGGUAUGAGGCUGGAAGCGUUGGAAAGAGCUAGGGUGGAAUCUCAGAGGCAGAAAGCUGCUAGUCCUGGGAGCGUGAGGGUAAAGAGGGAAAGAACGUCUUUAUCACCUGCACCUUCAAACGCAUCUAGUGCGUCGUUCAGACCUGGGCAUGGCCAUGGAACACCCAUCACAUAUGGUGGUCAUCUGAAGAAGAAGAAAACGAAAAGGGUGUUGGAUAGUGAUGAUGAAGCUGCUUCUCAAGCUCGAGAUCGAUCUGUAACCCAUCUUUCACCCCCACCUCCAUUAGGCCAUCAUAUGCAUCCUCACCAAUCUUCCACCUCUGGAUUAAAAUUGAAAUUAUCCCAAUCCCACCCCUUGUCACAUUCGAAACAUUCCAGACCACCUACCGAACCAUCGCCAACACCUCCGAUCACCGGCCCAUCAAGUCAUAUAGACUUCUCACUUCCUUCUGUACCUGUUCGACCUCUCAUACCUCCUCGACCAGGUGUACAGAAACCCAUGAAGCCCGGACCUAAGAAGCAGAGUGAGGUGGAUGAAGAUUUCAGUAAUGCUAAGGCACCUUCUCAAGUUGCUUUCCCUACUUUCUGGAGUGGCGUGGAACCGUAUUUGAGAGACGUCAGGGAAGACGAUUUGGCGAUGUUAGGAUUCAAAGCCGACGCUCCAGAAUCAUAUGAGAUACCUGCCCGAGGUCGACAUUAUACCGAGAUAUGGGAUGAGGAAGACGGUAAUCCCCCUGGUACCACCCCUCGUCUGCCUGUGCCAAAUUUACGACAACAACAGAUAUUACAGCAAUCCAAUGGUCCACCGACCUUACCACAUUUCGUACCCACCUCGGAACUGCGUGAUGACGUGUUGGUCGAUGAACAAAGGGGUUUAGGUAGUCUUACGGAAAGAGUGGUUGCUGCCGUAGUUGGCAGACUGGGUUUCGGAGAAAAGAGGGAAAAGAGUGAUAAUUCAGAGAAACAGGAUACGUCUGCUUUGGAAGCUGAGAUGGCAGAUAGGGAACCUGCGAAAGUGGAUGUGGUAGAUUUGGAAGAAAGGAUGAAGAAGGAAUUGAAAGCUGUCAUGCUGUUAGGGGAACAUGACGAGUAUGAUCCUUCAAAUAGAGAAGACGAUGAGAUCACCUCAGCCUUACGUCAGAGUCAGCGUCUGUUGGUUCAGCAGACGGCAUUGAACGAAGCUAGGAAGAGUCGCUUAGCGGAGAUAGCCAAACAGAGAUUAGCGUAUAACGAAUAUCAAAAUUUGUUGGAAGGGAUUGAGAAAUCCAUUGAAAGCGGAUGGGCUAAAAGGAUCAAGAAAUAUGGUUCAACACCUAAUAAGAAGAAUGCCCAUGCGAGUGGAUCAUCAAGUAAACCACCUGUACCUGAGAACCUGAAGAAGUUUGUAGCGACGAGACAACAUUGGUUGGACACUGUUGGACAAUUGAUGAAAGAGAGACCGAGAGGUCAAGUCGUUGGUAUACCUUCGUCAAGUAUAUUUGAAGGUAUAGGUGAAGACGAAGAGAAAGAUGAAAGAUAUGUGGAAGAUCAGAUUAUGGGGCUGAUGGGCGAUGAGAUGGAUAUUGAUGAGAAUGAGAAUGAUAAUUAG